AUGACAUAUCAGUCAGAAGUUGGCCAUGAAGAUUGUACUGACAUAGACAGAAUCCCUGAUCCUAUACCGCGUGGAGUAUUCAAGCCAUUCGAGGAGAGGUUGUGUCCUCAUAUAACACAGAUAGCCGCCAAACAUGUGAGCACAGAGAAGAGCUUCAGUUGCUAUGUGUUACCCAAACUACCGAUGAGUGCCUCUGCCGAACAAGUGACUAAAAUUGUUGUGACAAAUAGUAGUGAUAUGUUUGUAAAUGGUGUUCCUGUUGAAACUAAAACUAUUGAAUCAGCACUCAGAGAAUUGUUUAGCUGGCUGAAACAGUUCAGAAACGUGUUUCUAAUUGCACAUAAUGGAAAACGUUUUGACUUUCCUAUCAUUAUCAACGCCUGCUUAGCUACUGGAAUGUUUAGUGAACUUUGUGCAUGUGUAAUAGGAUUGGUAGACACUCUUCCAGUAUUUAAAUCCGUAUGUCCUAAAAGGGAGUCUUACAAACAGGAGGAUCUGGCCCGUACAUUGCUUUCCAAAGUGUAUAACUCUCAUAACGCUCUUGAUGAUGUCAAGUGUUUGUCAGAGCUGGUCAGUUACGCUGUGAAACAUGGUGAGAAGUGUGUAGUAAUGAAGAGUUUUCCUCCUAGAGAUGUCAAACACAACAUGGAAUCCAACAUAGAGAAAAAGAAAAACAUGCCAUCUCUUUCUGUUCUGGUAGCAAAUGGUGUCAUGAAGUCGUCCACUGCCGACAAUGUGGCUAGCUCGGGGUUAAAUUUCAAACAUUUACAUACAAUCUUUCUACGUAAGGGAGAAGAUGGACUGUACAAUGUAUUUACUAUGAGAAACAGUGAAGGGUUGCCAAGAGUGACAAAUUCUAAGAGGGUUUUGGAGGCUGUAAUUCCAAAAUUAGUGUCGUAUUUUGAAGGCAAAAAUUAG